AUGCCUCCAUCAACUUCGCCAACAGGAGCUGCCGCUGCUCGAAGGCCCAGCUCGACUCCCGGUGAAGAUGGCGAGCCGUCAACAAAGAGAACCUCGAACUCGCCUUCUGACCCCCGGCCCACCACCUCAGAGAGAGAGAAACCUCGCCUCUCCGAGCAAGAGAAGAAGAACAACCACAUUGCCUCCGAGCAGAAACGCCGGGCAGCCAUACGAGAAGGGUUCGACCGGUUAACUGAACUUGUCCCCGGUCUAGCUGGUCAGGGCCGCAGCGAGGGCAUGGUUUUGCGCAAGACUGUUGAUUUCAUGCAACUCAAGGUCCAGGAACGAAAGGAUUUGAUUGAAGAGAUUGAACAAAGAGGAGGUAGAGUCGAUGACAGGUUGCGAAACGUUACGGAGGUUAUUCGGUGA